AUGGGGGUGUCUGUCAAUCAGGAAGGUAAAGAGGCUCUAAAGGGCGAAUUCGAAUCUACAUUGGCUAUUCACAAUAUCAGCCCCAGCUUUUGCCCGAAACCCAUCGGAUGGGGGACUCUCAACUCAGAGUCGAACUCUCACUUUCAUAUUUGCAAGUUUUAUGAAUUCACCGGCGGCAUGCCUGAGCCCGCUUCUUUCUGCAAGAAUCUGGCCCAGCUGCAUCUGUCUUCCCGCUCUUUGUCGCCAAAUGGCCAGUUUGGGUUCCAUUGCAGGACGUAUAACGGGGACCUUCCUCAGGAGAAUACUUGGUCCGAUCGCUGGGAGCUCUUUUUUGCCGACGGAUUACGCGACGUCUUGAAGAUUCGACUCAAGAGGGCUGGGCGUAGCUUGGAACUUGAAGCACUCGAGCCCGCGCUAUUUGACAAGGUCAUUCCCAGGCUUCUCCGACCACUUGAAAGUGGCGGGCGGCAAAUACAGCCUUCGUUAGUACACGGAGAUCUGUGGUAUGGAAACACCGGCGUCGUCUCCGGCGAUGUAGAGAAGAGCAUCGUUUACGAUCCUUCUAGCUUUUGGGCGCACAAUGAGUAUGAGCUGGGAAACUGGCGCCCAUGUCGAAAUAAGUUUACGAGUAUUUACUUUGAGGAAUAUCUUUCUCACAUACGCCCAUCCGAACCCGAAGAGGACUUUGAUGAUCGGAACGCACUUUAUUCCACGAAAUUUAAUCUGCAGGCGGCCGCUAUAUUUCCGGAUAACGAGGAGUAUUUACAGAUGGCUAUAGAGGAUAUCAAGAUGCUUGUCACCAAGUAUCCCCAGGGCUAUCAACAGAUAGACAGCAACAACAAGCUGUACCAAGAGCUAGACCACCAAGAAGACCGCUUGUCGUUCCACCCUGACGCCUGUCUCCAUAAUAGCCUUGAGGGGGAUAUUGGCCUUGAGGGUACUGGCCUUGAGGGUACUGACCCUGAUGGUACAUAUAAUGGCCUUGGGGAUAUUGAUUGUAGCCAGAAUAUUGGCCCUGCCCAGGCGGGUAUUGCCCUUGGCUUGGAAAAGGGCCCUGUUGUUGCUGGUUAUAAUACCCCAUCUGUGGUCCUGGUUGAUAAUAUGCCUGUUGAUCUUGCGAACCCUGGAUGCCCUCCUGAUAGUUGCUUGACUGGCCCUGUUGGUAUCCUUCAUAGCCCCCGUAUCCCCCUAAUCAUGGCUACCACCGCGCCGCCCAAGGCCAAGCACGACUGGGCCGACGACGACGACAUCGAGGAGCCCUCUUCCGAGCUUCCGCCUCCCCAGACCAUCUCUAAUAAAGAUGGUACCAAGACCAUCAUCACAUACCGAUACAACGAUCAGGGCCAGAAAGUAAAGACGACUCGUCGGAUCCGCUAUGUCACCCAGACCGAGACAGUCAACCCCCGCGUCGCCAACCGGAAGACGUGGGCCAAGUUCGGCUUGAGCGCCAAAGAUCCCGCGGGACCUGCCCCCGAUACCACCUCCGUCGCCGAGAACAUCAUCUUCCGACCCAGCGUCUCCUGGCGCAAGGAUGCCAAGGAGGAGGGCGCCGACGCCAACGCCCAGGCCAUGAAGGACAAGCUCAAGGCCAGCAAGGUCAAGUGCCGUAUCUGCAACGGCGAGCACUUUACAGCCAGAUGUCCCUACAAGGACACCAUGGCGCCUGUUGGAGAAACGAGCGGCGCCGAUGCGCCCGCCGGUAUGGCAGAGGAUCUAUCCGCUGCCACUGGCGCUGCCGGGUCUGGGAAGAAGGGCUCAUACGUUCCGCCUGCCCUGCGUGGCGCCGGUGGAGGGGCCGGAGAGCGCAUGGGUGGAUCAAAAUACGGCGAGAGGGACGACUUUGCGACGCUGCGUGUCACCAACGUCUCAGAGAUGGCAGAGGAAUCAGAGCUGCGCGAUAUGUUCGAGCGUUUCGGUCGUGUCACCAGAGUCUUCCUCGCCAAGGACCGGGAAACUGGCAUGGCCAAGGGUUUCGCCUUCAUCAGCUUCGCAGACCACAGCGACGCUGUCACGGCAUGCAACAAGAUGGACGGAUUUGGUUUCAAGCAUCUCAUUCUCAGGGUCGAGUUUGCCAAGAAGGCUCAGUAA